AUGUAUCAAUUCCUUCCAGAUGAGGACUCCAAUAACAUUUCGCAUUGCUACACUACUUAUAUUCGUGGAUGCCUUCAGUCUAGGAUCCCCUCAAAUGUUAUUGCCGAUCUGCGUAGGACGGUACAGUUGGCCUCAACACCGCAUGCGGCUCUGCAAGGUCUGCUUGCCUACGACGCCACUCCUCCCGACGAAUUCGGCCCUCUGGCACCGCAACCCGGCCCAGGCCAACUGCCCUCCGCCCAGACGACCAGUCCUUUGGCCGAGCGCAUUUUCGUCCUCCGGCUCGUCCACCGCCUCCUCCAAUUGGCUCCCUCUCGUCUUCCCGACUCCCUCCUCGCCCCGUUACUCUCCGUCGCCGCCGAUCCCACCACCAGCCUCGCACGGACUGCCGCAGCCACCGCUCACUCCGGCCUCCGAUCGCAUCAGCUGAUUGGUCUCAAUGCUGUUGUCAUGGAGACCAGUCUGCGUGCUUGUCUCCUUAUUCUUGCCGAAUUGGGUCAGUCCUUGAAUUGGGUUGCUUUUUCGAAGAUAUGA